GAUAUGAGAAUGUCAAUGAGGACUGUGGGGAGGAGGAUCCAAAUGUGCAGGAAGUAUAUGAAGUCCAUAUUGUCCAAAGGUAUGUGGAGAAGAUAAGACGAGCAAUGUGUUUUAUAUUGUUGGAUGAUGAGGAAGAUAUUAUUGAAGAAGGGGAAGAGGAAGGGAUAAUAAGAUGGCAAAUGUGA